AGCGGGCGGGCGGGGAGCGGCGGGGCCGGCACGGGCACAGCGGCGGCGGCGCCAUGAGGCCCGGGCAGGGGCACCGAGAUGUGCAGAGGAGUGAAUGGCCCAUGUUGUGUUAGUGCCUGUCUGCCAUGCUGGCCUGUCUGCCAGGACCAGGUGACCUCUCCUUUCAGCUUCUUUCUUACACGCAGAUGAACACUGGACUUCAGAAAUGGGACACUACACAGAAAAUGAGAUCUGCACAGUAUCCUACCCCAGCAGAAUUGGAUGCCUAUGCUAAGAAGGUCGCCAACAAUCCCCUGACCAUAAAAAUUUUUCCAAACAGCGUCAAGGUUCCCCAGCGGAAACACAUACGCCGUACUGUGAACGGACUCGAUACUUCGGGCCAGAGGUACAGUCCUUACCCAUCUCAGGCCACCACGAAAACCGGCCUCCUGGCCAUCGUCAAGUCUCCAGCGAAAGGAAUCCUCAAGGACUUUGACGGGACACGCACACGCCUGCUGCCGGAAGCGAUGAUGAAUCCCCCUUCCACGCCGUACGUUGCACCGAGCACUUUAACCCACCCCCAGGCGCUUGCUCGCCAGCAGGCUCUCCAGCAUGCACAGACUUUGCCGCACCCCCAGAGCAUCCCGCAGCCGCAGGCUUUGCAGCACCCUCAGGGUAUACCACAGCCGCAAAGCUUACCCCACCCUCAGGGGAUUCCACAGGCGCUGCCGCACCCUCAGAACAUGCAGCAGCCUCAGGGCUUGCAGCAUCCUCAGACCGUGGCACACCAGGCGCUGCAGCCCCCCCCGAACCCUUUGCUGCAGCCGGGUUUACAUGGGAGCAGAAAGAUGCCGGAUGCGGACGCGCCGCCGAAUGUGACCGUGUCUACCUCAACCAUUCCCCUCUCUAUGGCUGCCACCCUGCAGCAGAACCAGCCACCGGACCUGAGCAGCAUUGUGCACCAGAUUAACCAGUUCUGCCAGGCCAGAGCUGGCAUUAGCACUACCUCAGUGUGUGAGGGACAGAUUGCAAACCCCAGCCCCAUAAGUCGCAACCUGCUUAUCAAUGCAAGUACCAGGGUCUCUACUCACAACGUCCCUACGCCCAUGCCUUCCUGUGUAGUGAACCCUGUCGAUCAUGCUGCUGCUGCUAUUCCUUCUGCCUCUGUUAACGUGCCCAUGGUGAAUAUUAACAGGGUGCCGCCUGCCUACCAGAACGAAAUCAAAUCGGUGGCGUGGAACCAGCACCAGCUCGCUCAUCUGCAGCAAAUGUGUGGGGAUGCUGCCGGUCCCGCCGCGCUGGCAGGGAAGCACGCGCCGAGAGAGAUGGCGGGGCAGAGUUUCCCUGCCAAAACCUCCAGCUACCCUCAAGAACUGUGCAUGGGCCAGUCCUUCGGCUUGAAGCCCCCCAUUGAGAAGCCCACGCCCUCCCCUCCUGUCAACGGCUUGCAGGGACCCUUGCCAUACACCAACGGGCACUAUUUCCAGCCCAUGUGGAAUAACAUUCUGCCCACGCCCAACAGCGACAGCUCUGGGUCCCAGGACCUCGCCAUGCCUUUCCACGGGGGACAGCCGGCCGGAGCAGCGCUAGAUUGUGCAGGAGGACCUCAUUACAGAGCUGGGGCCGGGCCGUCCAGCCAGAAUAACGUGAUGCAGACCGUGGAUUACCUAAGUGGGGACUUCCAGCAGCCUUGCUUCAGAGAUCAGAGCAUGGCCGUGCUGGGAAAAGUCCAUCGGCCUCCCAUGAACCGAGCACCUGAACCGAGCGAUAGUCGAAAUCUUCAUAUUCAGCACCCAGGGUAUAGAUAGGCUGCAGUCACUUUCACAGACAAAAUUAGAGGUUUAGUCUUAAUUUUAACGAAGAAGCAAGGCAUUUUUAACUUGCAAACUUGCGUGAUCAUUAUAGUAACCGUUGGAAGAAGACAUACUGUAUAUUUAAAA